AUGCCGCCUCGUAUCAAUCUUUUCACAGUAGGCAAAGCCUUGCCUGGCUUCCGCCCAUCCAGCUCAUGCGCCGUCAGCUCGCGUUUCAGUAUCAACCGAACUCACGCCGCUUCGACCGUCCAAGCACAGAGACGAUGGAACUCUUCGAAAUCAGAAAAGAAAGACGAUCUGGAUGGAUUAAAGGGGCCUACGGAAGAUCCGCUGCCCCACGUCAGCGAGGAGGCCGCACAGAUGGACAAGAUCCUGCACGGUGGAAAGUACGAGGCUGCUGCCAGCCCAGAGUUGGAGCAGGGAACUCCCGUCGCUGAGAUCCUGCAGCGCGAUAAAGACGCCCUGAAGCACAUGCCCAAGGUGAUGCAAGACCAGCUGAAACGAUCGUCUGGCAACCGGUCCUUCUCGACCUUCACGCGCCGCUACCAGCCUGACCUACAGGAGCAGGAAGUGACGGACCCCUCGGUGGCUGUUGUCGCCAAUAUGAUCAACCAGGUGAACCAGGAAGUCGCGGAGCUGCACCCUGGACUGAAGUUUCCCGCGCCCGAGAGUCUUCCCAAGACGGAGAAUUUCCGCGAGAGAUAUGAUCCGCUGCUGGAGCAGUUUACGAAAUUGCUUAUGCGGGACGGGAAGUUGAGCAAGGCCCAGAAGAACAUGUCCUUCAUCCUUGACCACCUUCGAACUGCCCCUCCCCCCCAACCGCACCCGAAGCGCCGUCUCCUCCCUGGUCCUCCUAGCCCUCAACUCCCUUUGAACCCCGUCCUCUACCUCACCUUGAUUGUCGACUCGGUCGCACCUCUGAUUAAGAUCCGUCAGCAGAAGGGUAUUGCCGGCGGAGGUGCCGCCGUGCAGAUACCCGUUCCUUUGAUGCAGAGACAGCGGCGGCGGACGGCGAUCAGAUGGAUCAUCGAUGCCUCUGACAAGCGGCGGGACAGCAGUUUCGCUCAGCGAGUUGCUCACGAGCUGGUCGCUGUUGCGGAAGGUCGUAGUGGAGUGUGGGAUCGGAGGGAAGCGGUGCAUAAGCUUGGUGUCGCUGGUCGUUCGAAUCUUGGUCUGGUCACUCAGCGCAGGUAA